AUGGAGACGUCAACCGACAAUUACUACCCUUUAGUAGACACUGAUGUGGAAAAACAGGUCCAAUAUUUACCCCCAACAGUCCAAUUUCUUCUCAAGGAAAUGUUCUCUGGUGCAAAGACAUCUUUAAAGGUAGCAGCCAUUGGUCAAGCAUUAAUCCAAUCCACGAGACCACGUUCUAUCCUUGCGCCUUUGCAGAUUGGUUUAGCAAUUCAACUUCACCACAGAUUGGCUUCCCGAUUCCUUAUUGACACGCUUCACAAUCUUGGUUUUUGCUCCUCCUAUCAAGAAGUGCUUUUGUAUAAACAAAACGCCGCAGUAGAACAAGGGACAUCUAUUCCUGAAUACAAUGAGCAAUUUGUUCAAUACGUCACAGACAAUGUUGAUCAUAACCUGCACACGCUUGACGUACACAACACAUUCCAUGGAAUGGGUAUAAUAGCAGCGGUUACUCCUGGAACUGAAAUCAUGAGCCGUAUUCCAAGAAAGAAAGUCUGUAAGCAAGACAUCACAUCAGCAGAUAAGGCAAGGGUGGAGGAGGAUGAGGAAACUCAGCAAAGGAAAGAUGACUCUACUAAUGUACAUGCAUUCAAUGAAGGCGAAGAGAGCGUUCAAGAACCUGACCUUGACGUUAAUAACCUUAUGAGUCAAAGAGACGAGCUGUUUAAAGAAUUAAUUGGUCAAAAGAAGACCGCAGAGGAAGUUGCUGCCUCAGAUGUUCUCAAUAAGAUACUUUUUUGCAUCGAGAUCAUCGAGUAUAUUUAUAUUCAUGGAUUUCGCACAGGCAUGUCCUGUGAAACGCAGCUGGUGCUGACCUGUCAUGACUGGGCUAACAUCUUGAACCAGCAAGGCCAAAUCGACGCACUUCUACUAGACUUUAGUAAGGCCUUUGAUAAGGUCAGUCACACUAAGUUAUUACACAAGCUUGGUCAGUACGGAGUCAAUGGGAAGACCCAAAAGUGGAUAUCUGGGUUCCUCCAUAACCGCACUCAAUUCGUGGCUAUAAAUGGCACUCACUCCAGCACUACUCCCGUCACCUCUGGUGUGCCACAAGGCUCCGUACUUGGCCCGACCCUAUUCCUACUCUAUAUAAACGACAUCGUUGAUGUACCGAAAUCUGAACUGCGGCUCUUUGCCGAUGACACUGUGCUUUAUCGAGCCAUUAAAUCUCAGCACGAUCAUCAAAUACUUCAGGAGGACUUACACAACCUAACUAAAUGGGCAUCUGAUUGGCAGAUGGACUUUAAUGUGUCUAAAUGCCACCUACUCCGCGUCACAAACAAGCGUAAGCCACACGAAUCUACAUACUCUGCUAAUACAGAGGCCCUUGCGAAGGUUUCCCAAUGUGACUAUCUGGGCAUAAGGUGUUCUGAAACUCUUCGAUGGGGUGCGCACUGCUCUAAAGUUGCUGCUAAAGCCAACAAGACCCUGGGACUAAUAAGAAGAACAUUGAAGUCAUGCAGCAGAGAAGUCAAGGAGAGAGCCUAUAUGAUGUUGGUGAGACCUACGCUUGAAUAUGCAUCCUCCUCGUGGAACCCUCACACCGACACAGAUGUAAAUCGUCUUGAGCAAGUCCAAAAGAACGCAGCCCGCUUUGUAUGCAAUAACUAUAAACUUACAACAAGUACUUCAGGUUUAGUUAGCUCGCUUGGAUGGGAUACUUUAGAGCACAGACGUUUGUUUAAUCAGUCAGUCCUCUUUUAUAAGUUUCAUAAUGGUCUUAUAAAUUGCAAACUUCCCGACUCGCUUAUGCGCUCUUGUCCUCAAAGAUCUACUAGGAGACAUUGCUUAACAUACCAACAACAGCAGUCAACUGUAUUAGCUCAUAGCUACUCCUUUUUUCCAAGAACAGUCAGAGUCUGGAACUUACUUCCCUCUGAAGUAGUGACGUCUACAACCUUAAAUAGCUUUAAGCAGUCAGCCUUGCCUGCUAUUAGAUCAUUAAAAGUGCCAAGUCACUUACGCAGGCUUUAA